GCGGGGAGGCGCGCGCCGCCGCUCCGCGUCCCCCCCUGCGUCCCUCGGCUCUGCCGCCGCCGCCGCCCACCGCCUGCGCGAGGAGCCAUGGAGGGAGUGAGCGCGCUGCUGGCCCGCUGCCCCACGGUCGGCCUGGCCGGCGGCCUGGGGGUCACGGCGUGCGCCGCAGCCGGCGUGCUGCUCUACCGGAUCGCGCGGAGGAUGAAGCCGACACACAGCGUCGUCAACUGCUGGUUCUGCAGCCAGGACACGGUGGUGCCCUACGGGAACCGCAACUGCUGGGACUGCCCCCACUGCGAGCAGUACAACGGCUUCCAGGAGAACGGUGACUACAACAAGCCGAUCCCCGCUCAGUACCUGGAGCACCUGAACCAUGUGGUGAGCGGCACACCCGGCCCCCGCGCCCCCGCGCAGCCCCCACAGUGGGUGAGCAGCCAGGUGCUGCUGUGCCGGAGGUGCAGCCACCACCAGACCACCAAGAUCAAGCAGCUGGCUGCCUUCUCGCCGCGUGACGAGGGCAGGUACGAUGAGGAGAUCGAGGUGUACCGGCACCACCUGGAGCAGAUGUACAAGCUGUGCCGGCCAUGCCAGGCGGCCGUCGAGCACUACAUCAAGCACCAGAACCGCCAGCUGCGCGCCCUGCUGCUCAGCCACCAGUUCAAGCGCCGGGAGGCUGACCAGACCCACUCGCAGAGCUUCUGCUCGUCCGCAGUGAAGGCCCCAGUCCAGGUCAUCGCGCUCCGUGCCCUCGCCUUCCUGGCCUGCGCCUUCCUGCUGACCACCGCGCUGUACGGCACCGGCAGCCCCUUCGCCCCCGGGGCCCCCCUGCCCCCGGCCCUUCCACCUGGCAGCAACGGCUCAGCUACGUCCGACAAUGGCACAGCCCCUGGGGCGGAGGGCUGGCGGCAGCUGCUGGGCCUGCUUCCUGAGCACACGGCAGAGAAGCUGCGCGAGGCCUGGGCCUUUGGGCAGGGCCACCAGCUGGGCGUUGUGGCGUUGGGCCUGCUCACCUGCCUGUUGGCCAUGCUGCUGGCCGGCCGCAUCAGGCUCCGGAGGAUCGACGCCUUCUCCACUGGCCUGUGGGCCCUGCUGCUGGGGCUGCACCUGGCUGAGCAGCACCUGCAGGCUGCCUCACCCAGCUGGCUGGACACGCUGAAGUUCAGCACCACGUCCCUGUGCUGCCUGGUGGGCUUCACAGCAGCCGUUGCCACAAGGAAGGCGACAGGCCCACGGAGGUUCCGGCCCCGAAGGUGCUUCCCGGGUGACUCUGCGGGCCUCUUCCCCACCGGCCCCAGCCUGGCCAUCCCGUACCCGAGCAUCGCGGGCUCUUCGCCAUCUCUGUUCGUCCCCACCCCGCCCGGCUUCCUGCCCCUCGCCAACCAGCAGCUGUUCCGGUCUCCCCGACGGGCCUCACCCUCCUCGCUGCCCGGCCGCCUCAGCCGGGCCCUCUCGCUGGGCACCAUCCCCUCUCUGACAAGAGCAGACUCCGGGUAUCUGUUCAGCGGGAGCCGCCCACCGUCUCAGGUGUCCCGAUCCGGGGAGGUUCCGGUUUCAGGUUACUUCUCUCUGCUCUCCGGGAGCUGCCCCUCCUCCCCAGUCCCUUCCCCGGCGCCCUCCGUGGCUGGCUCGGUGGCCUCCAGCUCCGGCUCCCUGCGUCACCGCAGGCCUCUCAUCAGCCCUGCCCGGCUCAACUUGGAGGGGCGGAAGCUGCUGCUGUUUCCGUCUCCCCCUGGGGAGGCCCCCAGCACGCCCAGCAGCCCAGAUGAGCACUCGCACCCCAACGGCAGCCUCUGCACCGUCGAGCCACCCCAGGUGCCCCAGAAGCAGCCAGCGCGGGACAUGAAGCACACUCUGGACAUGAAGUCGGUGCCGGAAAGAGACAGCACCUGCAGCAGUGGUUCCAUCAAGAAAGAGGACGACUCGUCCCAAUCAUCCUCCUGCGUGGUGGACACCACCACCAGAGGCUGCGCGGAGGAGGCCACUGCCUGGCGAGGUCAUUUUGGUCCCUCCGUGGUCCGAGGCCUCCUGGCCGUGAGCCUGGCCGCCAACGCCCUCUUCACCUCCGCCUACCUGUACCAGAGCCUGCGCUGACCCAGCCUCCGCAGCCUCUGCAGCCUCCCGCACCCGGAGUCCCGGAGGGUGCGCCCCGGUGCACGCCGCUUCCACCACUGCCGGCCUCGGCCCUCCGCAGGGGCUGCCGCCUCCGCCCUCCUCUCCAGGGCCCGUGGCCUCCAGGGAGCCCGCUUCCCGGACACUUCUCCCUGCCCGCCGGGCCGUGGGGCAGGGUGCGGGCUUGGGGUCGCGCUCCUCCCCACCCUACCCUUGGCUGAUAUCAGUUGUGUGUUUGGUGCUGACACUCUGAUCCUGAAGCCAGGGAUCCCCGAGGGGCUGCGUGACCCUCGGGUCCCCUCCCCACCAUCCAGCCCUGCCUGGCAGGACUGCCUCUACUACUGUAACGGGAGCAGGAGCUGGGCUGCCCCCUGACCCCGCGCCCGCGGGGGCCGCGAUCACAUCUUUGUACUGUACUCCAGGUCCUGCCGGCGCCUCCGGCUCCCUGUGGGGAGGGGGGAGCGUCCGGGUGUCACCCCCCAGGCCCAGCCUGGUGGAGGGCACACCUGGCCUGGCAGGCCCCCUGGAGGACCGUUACCCUCUGCCCUCUCCUGCCCCUUCCUGUGGGCUCCGACUCCAGGGAGAGCAGGGGAGUUUCCCCGCCCAGAGCUCCUGAGCGCCGGGGUCUCUCAGCCCCGCUGGACUAGUGUAAGCAACCCCCACCCCCGGCUCCUCUCUGCCUGCGUGCGCCCCCAUUUUAUUACCUCUGUGACCCGGAGAACCCUGUCCGGGCUGCCCACCCCAUUUUCCUCCCUCUGCACUGCCCACAGGGGCCUCGCCCGACCCCUCAGCCUGCAAGUCUCAGGUGAGACCGCCCCCCCCCCCCGACCCUGCUGUGAACCCAGCUCCUCUCAGCCACUGAGACCCUGCUUCCCUCCCUUUCAUGCUUCUGUCACAGGAGCUCAGCAUGACUUCUGUCUCUAGCCACUGUGGCAGGCCCACUUCCUGACCCGUGCCCCUCGGUCCUGCCACUGCCCUGCCAGCUGAUUCUGCAGGUGGCUCCCAACCCCUGCCCCCUGGGGGAGAAAGAGGGGCCUCGGGCUGGCAAGGGGGCCCUCAUAAGGUUAGGAGAGAUGAGAGACUGAGUCUGUGGGUGUCAGAACCCCCAUCCUGCUGCCCUGGGCCCUGGACACAGGUGUGGGGCAGCGUGCGUGUGUGUGUGUGUGUGUGUGUGUGUGUGUGAGAGAGAGAGCACGCAUUUGUGCCGCUUGGGGAGGAAGCAGUGGCCUCGGUGAAUUCUGAGACUCGCUGCGGGGGGGGGGGGGGGGGAUCAUGAGGGCAGGGGAAGGGUCUUCACUCUGUCAUUCAGGGAUAAAGUUUAAUUUUAUUUUUCUACACAUUUUUGCCAGGUAAGGCAUUCUGCUGAUAAGCAGGAUGUCCCCAGUUCUCCCAGCCAGGGAGGUUUAGUUUUUUUAAGCUUUGGGUGCUUUUUUAGUGAUUUUUUUUUUUUUUUACUACGUGGGGAAGGCAAUGGCUCUGACUUCCCCCCACACCUGAGAGCUACUGUUUCCUGCCCUGCCCCCUGCCCCAGAACACGGGGAAUUGGGGGCCCAGGGGCCACGCCAGGUCCCUGAAUCCAACAGCCAGAGAUGGUUCCAACUCGGAGGUGGUGCCUCUUGGCCUCCAGUGGUAUAGCGGGCAUGUGUGUCAAGUUUUUAAUUUACUUUUUGCCCUUAACCAAGCCAAACUCCAUUCCUGAAUGCCCUUCCUCUCUGGCUAUGAGGAAGCCCUGACAGUGCCCAGUGCCCCCUCUCAUGCCCGGGCCAGCCUGCCCCCCCCGGCCCGGGGCCAGUGGUCCCUCCAGCCCACAGGGUCACGGGAGAGGCCAGGCGGGGAGGGGGUUUACUUAUAUUUUCUUUCAAACAAGAAACACAACCUUAUUUUUCUUUACAAAAGCAAAAAAGGAAACCAAAAAAGAUACCAACCUUUGAACUAUAACUCGAUCUGUCUUGUCUUUAUUCCGUGGACUCAGGCAGCCCAGGCCGGCACGAGAAGGGUCCCUGCUCCGGUGGAAGUGGGAGCUCGCUGUGUCUUCAGUACAGAGCUUGGGGUGGCAUCCCGGGAUUCUUGGUGUCAGGUGGUAGGUGCCAUGUCCCCAGAGGGCUAAGGGAUCACAUGGGAGACUAGCUGCCUGGGUCAGGGCAAACCCAUCUCCUGAGCAGAGAAAGGACGUUCUGGGCAGAGAGCAUGGGCAGGGGUCCAGCCAUCUCUUGAGAAGAGCCCAUCCCAACCAGGGACCCCUGACCUGGCCCCAGGGCUGCGGGGGGCCAGGGUCACCCACAUGACAGGCUUGUUGCCACCUGAGUCCCCUCAGAGUGGACCACUGGUCCCCCCAGCAGCUGGGCUUGGCAGCAGCCCCUCCAGUGUGCAGGUGGACCCCUGGCCCAGGGUGUGCGCUGAGACGGACAGCCCUGGAGGUGCUGCGCUUCUGGCCCGGAGCCCAGGUGGGGCCCCCAGGGGCAGCCCCCUGAGUAUUCUGAGCCCAGGCUGCCUGCUGGCUGUGGACUCUCCAUUUCUGCAGGCCCACCCUCCGGGGCUGGUGUGGGGAUGACCAACCACCCGGUGCAGAGGGACUCGUUCUGGCCCAGCACCCCUGGGCAGGGAGGGUGGUGGGUGCUGGGCUCCCCCGUGCUGGCCACCUAAGCUGACCCUGUGGGCAUUAGGGAAGGGACAGGGUGUGGCCGCUCACUCCCACCCCACACAGGUCACAUCUGACCUGGGCAGCAGGGCCAAGCUGCCCACAGGCGGAGCCACAGACACCUCUGAGCUCACUGACCUCAGGGGGAUCCUGUGAUGUCCUCUGGGGGUCCAAAGAAAUCCCACUUCUGAGGAGCCCUCUCCUCCAGCGAGCCUAUGAGGCACGUGUCCAGGAAGAACCCGAGGUGCCCUCGGAAGUCACCCCAUUCCUUUGCUCAAGGCUCCCACCCAGCCCCGAACUCUGAGGAGGGAACUCAGCUGAGGGGGGUGCGGGGAGACCAGACGCCAACUGCGUCAUCUCUGAGGGAUUUUUCCCCUUAGCUGUGUCUGUGUCACCCUGCUAAUGUCAUCUGCUGCUUAUGAGAGGGUGACAUGUUUAUUGUA